GCAUGGGUCCCAUUCACCUAAACGAGAUUGACUGUACGGGCUUUGAAAAAUCAGUCACGGAUUGCAAGUUCAACACGGAGUCGCAGGGCUGCAACCACGAGGAAGAUGCUGCCGUGAGGUGCAACGUCCCGGCGAUGGGUUUCCAGAAUCAGCUGCGUCUGAGCGGCGGCCGCAACCCUUACGAGGGCCGGGUGGAGGUCCUGGCCGAGCGCAACGGCACUCUGAAGUGGGGCACCGUCUGCAGCGAGAACUGGAGCACCGUGGAGGCCAUGGUGGUGUGUCGGCAGCUGGGCCUGGGCUUCGCCAGCCAUGCCUUCCAGGAAACCUGGUACUGGCACGGCGACAUCAGCGCUGACAACGUCGUCAUGAGCGGUGUCAAGUGUUCGGGGACAGAGAUGUCCCUGGCCCACUGUCGUCACGACGGAGCCGAUGUCUCCUGUCCCAGAGGCGGCGGUCGUUUCGGCGCUGGUGUCUCCUGCUCGGAGACUGCCCCCGACCUGGUGCUCAACGCCGAGCUGGUGGAGCAGACGGCCUACCUGGAGGACCGCCCGAUGUUCAUGCUGCAGUGCGCGCUGGAGGAGAACUGCCUGGCCAGCUCGGCCGUCAACACCUCCCUCACGUCGGGCUACCGGCGCCUGCUGCGCUUCUCCUCCCAGAUCCACAACAACGGGCAGUCCGACUUCCGCCCCAAGAACGGCCGCCACGCCUGGGUCUGGCACGACUGUCACCGGCAUUACCACAGCAUGGAGGUGUUCACCCACUACGAUCUCUUGAACCUCAACGGAACCAAGGUGGCGGAAGGGCACAAAGCCAGCUUCUGCCUGGAAGACACCGAAUGCGAAGCAGAUGUGCAGAAACAGUACGAAUGUGCCAAUUUUGGUGAACAAGGAAUCACAGUUGGAUGCUGGGACGUGUACCGUCACGACAUCGACUGCCAGUGGAUCGAUGUCACUGACGUCCCACCCGGCGAUUACCUCUUCCAGGUCGUCAUCAACCCCAACUACGAAGUUGCCGAGUCCGAUUACUCCAACAACGUGAUGAAGUGCAGGAGCCGGUACGACGGGCAGCGCAUCUGGAU